AUGACACGCUGCGGACGACAGUUCAUCAUGAGCGCCAGUCAAGACAACACGAUGGUCUUCUACCACUCGGCUGAGGAGGAUCAACUGCAGGACGAGGAUGUGUACGAGGACGAAGAGCUUUCGCACGACGAAGAGGAGGAGGAGGAAAUAGAAACUUGCAAUAUACCAGCGUACGUCGCCACCAAAGAGUACGUGAACGAACAACUCGAACACGCACCUUCUCCUCAAGACGAAAAAGAUGUCGCCAACAAAGCGUACGUCGACCGCAACAUUAAGAACAUCAAGACGCAUCUAGAAAAAAUUCCAAAACUCCUGUGCAGCAAACUGGGAAACGUCAACGUGAUGAAGAAACGCCUCGUCAACGUGGCGCCGCCAAUAAAAAAGAAAGACGGUGCCACGAAAGGAUCAUGCUCAGUAAUGACUCCUGCAUGUAUAAAGUUUCUUCUAGUAUUGUCUCAAGAUGUUCAACUUUGUUAUAAAGGUACUAUUGAAUAUUUUGGUGAAGUAGAUUGA